AUGAUGCGGCGCGAGCGGCUCAGCGCGCAGGAGCUGGGCUAUGACCGACCAUCGCCCAAGUUGUUGUGCUUCCUCAAGAAGCACUACAGCCUUUCCAAGUACAAGCCCCAAAACAACAACUUCGUGGUCUACGAGGACUUCUGGACCCGGCCCGGGUGGUCACCUGAGAAACCUGCUCGGACCGGAACGACUCGGAACCAAAUGAGAUGGAUUUGGACAGUUGGGACCAUCCAUCCUGGGAGUUUUAUUCCAUGGAAAAGAUGGAACAGAUAUGAAAAGAUAUGGAAACCAAUUGGAUGUGAUUUUUUUAGUCAGUUUAUAGUCACUUUCUGUUGA